AUGCCUGCGUCUGUCCUGAAAAAACAGAUCAACUGUCUGGCCGGGGGGGGCUUCGGAAACCGACUAUGUUACCUGGAGACCACAUCCAACGCUCAGGUACGAAAACCCCCCCCAAAAAAUACCUCUCACAUCCCCUCACAAAAACAAUCCGUCACCACCCUCAAAAAAAAAUAACCAUCUGACACCUCCCACAAAAAAACCAUUUAAAUCCUCAAAAAAAAAAAUACAUCUAAAUGCCUCACCACAAAAAACCAUCCACUCCCUCCCAAAAAAAAACCAUCCCAUGUUUCCCCAAAAAAAAAACCCCAUCUCACAUCCCUCACAAAAAAAAAAAACGUCAUUCCCCACAUAAAAAUCCCCAUCUUCAAUCUCACGCAAAAAAAAAACCCUCACAUCCUCCCCCCAAAUAAUACCAUCUCAAAUGCCUUGCGCAAAAUAAAUACUAUAUCACAUGCCUCACAAAAAAAUACAAUCUCAUAUGCCUCACGCAAAAAAUACCAUCUCCAUCCCCUCCCCAAAAAAAAAAAUACCAUAUCACAUGCUUCACAGAAAAAUACAAUCUCAUAUGCCUCACGCAAAAAAAUACCAUCUCACAUAUCCUUACACAAAAUAAAUACCAUCUAAUAUGCCUUACGCAAAAUAAAUACCAUCUCACAUGCCUCACAAAAAAGAAAACAUCCCCUCCCUACAAAAUAAUCCCUUUUACAUCCUCCGCACAAUAAAUACCUUUUUAGUCCUUAUGCUAAAUAAAUACAUCUCACAUGCCUCAUGCAAAAAAAAUCCCAUCUCACAUCUUAUGCAAAAAAAACCAUUUCACGCUUCAGGGCAAAAAAAUACCAUCUCACAUGCUUCAUGCAAAAAAAUACCAUCUCAAAUGCCUCACAAAAAAGAAAACAUGUACAUGCCUCACAUAAAAAAUACAAUCUCUCACAUCUCACGCAAAAAAUACCAUCUCAUAUGCCUCACACAAAAAAAAUACCAUCUCACAUGCCCCACGCAAAAAAAUACCAUAUCACAUACCUCACGCACAAUAAAUACAAUCUCACAUGCCUUAUGCAAAAUAAAUACCAUCUCACAUGCCUCACAAAAGUAAUACCAUCUCACAUGCUUCACUCAAAAAAAAUACCAUAUCAUGCCUCACGCAAAAAGAAUACCAUCUGACAUACCUCACGCACAAUAAAUACCAUUUCACAUGCCUUAUGCUAAAUAAAUACAUCUCACAUGCCUCACGCAAAAAAAUACCAUCUCAAAUGCCUCACGCAAAAUAAAAUACCAUCUGACAUGCCUCAUGCUAAAAAAUACCAUCUCACAUGCCUCACGCACAAUUAAUACCAUCUCACAUGCCUCACAAAAAAGAAUAGCAUCUCACAUGCUUCACGCAAAUAAAAUACCAUCUCAUGCCUCACGCAAAAAAAUACAAUUUCAGAUGCCUCAUGCUAAAAUAAAUACCAUCGCACAUGCCUCAUGCAAAAAAAAUACCAUCUCACAUGCCCCACUCAAAUAAAUACCUCUCAUGCUCCGCACAAAAAAACCAUUCAAAGCUUCAAAAAAACAAAUCCAUCUCACAGCUUCAGCAAAAAAAUAAUCUCACACCCUACAAAAAAAAUUUAUCCCAUCUCACAUGCCCAUGCAAAAAAUACCAUCAUAUGCCUCACAAAAAGAAAAAAAAUAUCAUAAAAAAAAAAAGAACAUAAAGAGACUGUGAAGUAAAAAUCGAAGGUAUUUUCAAUCGUUGUAUUUCCAAAAUCUCAACCACUUACUUAGGAGUCGAAAAAAGAUACCAACAUUUUUUUAUAGGGACAUUGAAAAAAAAUGAUGAAGUUUUAAAUUUUAAAAAAAGUUAGUUAAAAGGGGUUUUAAACUUUUUACCUUGGCCCCCCCCAGAACUGUCCCCCAGAUUUGGGCCCUUGCGCCUUCAUCCUGGAACAGUCCCUGUCAGUCCGUGCACUGCAGGAGAUGCGGCUACACGUGGACAUGAGUGAGGUGGGGGUCCAACACAGAGGGAGAGAGGGUUGGUAUCAGAUAGAAGCCCCAGAUGGAGGGAGGGAGGGAGGGGGGGAGGGAUGGAGGGAGGGAGGGGAGAGGGGAGGGGAGGGAGGAGGGAGGGGGGUUGGUAUCCAGAUAGAAUCCCACAUGGAGGGAGGGAGGGGGGGGGGGAGGGAGAGAGGGAUGGAGGGAGGGAGGGAGGGAGGGAGGAGGGAGGGAGGGUUGGUAUCCAGAUAGAAGUCCCACAUGGAGGGAGGGAGGGAGGGAGGGGGGGAGGGAGGGAAAGGGAGGGGGGGGGGGGGGAGAGAGGGAGGGAGGGAGGGAGGGAGGGAGGGAGGGUUGGAUCCAGAUAGAAGUCCACGGAGGGAGGGAGGGAGGGGGGGGAGGGAGGGAGAGGGGAUGGAGGGAGGGAGGGAGGGAGGGUUGGUAUCCAGAUAGAAGUCCACAUGGAGGGAGGGAGGAGGGAGGGAGGGGAGGGGGGAGGGAGGGAGGGGGGAGGGAGAGGGGGAGAGGGGGGAUGGAGGGGGAGGGAGGAUGGGGAGGGAGGGUUUUGGUAUUCCCAGAUAGAAGUACAUGGGGGGAGGGAGGGAGGGGAGGAGGAAGGGAGGGAUGGACGGGAGGGAGGGAGGGGGGAUGGAGGACACUGGGAGCUUAGAUGCGAGGACGUGA